AGAGGAUUCUAAUUUCUUUAAAGCUCUGUUUUCAGGAAAUUUUUCUGAGAACUUUUUAUCUCCAGAGGAUCAGUGGAAUUUGAUCUGAAGGCUGGCCAUGACAUCGCAGGGCCAAAGUUUGAAUUCCACUUUAGAUGAUAACUGUCAAGUGAACUUCCGAGCGACGCUUCUGACUAUUGAUUCGUACCUGGGGGAUCAAGAUGUGGAGCGCCUGAAGUUUCUCUGCCGAGACUCCAUCGCCUCCAAGAACCUGGAGAAAUGCGGCUCAGCCUUGGAUAUCUUUGAUUACCUGAUGGCAGAGGAGCGGCUGAGUGAGGAAGACCCCUCCUUCCUCGCGGAGCUCCUCUACAUCAUCAAGCAGAAGGUCCUGCUUCGGCACCUGCGCUACACCAAGGAACAGGUGGAGCACUGGCUGCCUGGCCGCCGGAAGGUCUCUCCGUUCAGAAACCUGCUCUACGAACUGUCAGAAGACAUCAGCUCAGAGAACUUAAAGAGCAUGAUCUUCCUUCUGAGGGAGUCGAUUCCAAAAGUCCAGAUGACCUCUCUAAGUUUCCUGGCAUAUCUGGAGAAACAAGAUAAAAUAGAUGAAGAUAAUCUGACAUUACUGGAGGAUCUCUGCAAAAAAAUUGUACCUAAUCUUAUGAGAAAGAUAGACAAAUAUAAAAGAGAGAAAGGUAGUCCAUUCCCCAGAGCCUCCCAGGUAGGGGCACCUCCUGUAGCCAAGGAAACUGAGUCAUUGCAUCAAGGAGAGAAAGAACUAUUUUCCCACUCGGACAUUAACCAAGUGCUUGGAGCCUUGCCGGAGGUGUCCUGGCAAGAUGAGCAUGCACAGAGAAAUGGUGACAGAGCAACCCCGGUCUCCGUGGAGAUGUUGGGAGCAUCUGUUGACACUCUAACUUCUGAAACCAGCACAAAGGAGACAGCUGUGUACAGGAUGGAUCGGAAGCACAGAGGGCUUUGUGUUGUUGUCAAUAACCACAGUUUUACCUCACUGUCAGAAAGACCAGGGACCAAUAAAGAUGCUGAGUGCCUGAAGCAUGUGUUUCAGUGGCUUGGGUUCAGCGUGCAUAUUUAUGUCAAUGUGACUAAAGGCCACCUAGAGGAGGUUCUGCAGCAAUUUCAGACUCAUCCAGGCCAUGCUGAUGGAGACUGCUUUGUGUUCUGUGUUCUGACCCAUGGGAAAUUUGGAGCUGUCUACUCUUCUGAUGGGGAGCUCAUUCCCAUCCGGCAGAUCAUGUCUCACUUCACAGCUCAGCAGUGUCCUGCUCUGGCUCACAAACCCAAACUCUUUUUCAUCCAGGCCUGUCAAGGUGAAGAAAUACAACCUUCCGUAUCCAUUGAAGCAGAUGCAGUAAAUCCCGAGCACGUGCCCCCUUCCCUUCAGGACAGUGUUCCCGUUGAGGCGGAUUUCCUUCUUGGCCUGGCCACUGUCCCCGGCUACGUGUCCUUUCGGCACAUGGAGGAAGGUAGCUGGUAUAUCCAAUCUCUGUAUAAUCAUCUGAAGGACUUGGUCCCAAGACAGGAAGAUAUCUUAUCCAUUCUCACCGCUGUCAACGAUGAUGUGAGUCGACAAGCGGACAAACGCGGAAAAAAAAAACAGAUGCCGCAGCCUGCUUUCACACUACGUAAAAAAGUAGUAUUCCCUGUGCCACAGGAAGAACUUUUACUAUAGUAGAAAGUUUUGAUCGACGCUUAAACUUGAAAGGACCCUUUGGGCAUCGCUUCCAACCUCCCACCCGUCAUAGAAAUCAGUGACAGGCAGUGAGCUGGCUUCCACCUGUCAUUCUAGUAGAAGAACAUACCCUAUUUUCUGACACAACAAAAUCUGUUUUUUUUUUUGUUGUUGUUUUUUUUGGAUAAGUCUAAAUGGUAGAAAACUUUCUUUAUUGGAGCCUUGGACUGUAGUCUUGAAUUUAGUUGGGCACCCAGAGAAAAAGUGAUUAGCCUCGGUUUGUGCAUCUGUGAAGUAAAAGGUGGGACCGGGUAUACUUUAAGGUUCCUUUUAGCUCAGAAACACUGUUCGUGGCCUUGACUGAGCUUAGAUUUCCCUUCUAUAUAUGCUCACCCCUUGUUAUAAUUCUGUAUCCCCUCUGCAUGGUCUUGUUUUGGACACUGGAUGAUGAUGAGAUCAUGGUUCAAUGACCCUCUCCCUGUUCUCCCCUAAAAUUUGAUCUAUGCCACACCCAUUUCCUGCUUUAGUGUAAGGAAGGUGUUUCUAGAAGCAGGCAAUGUUUCUCCUGGGCCGGGAACAGGGUUGGCUCUCGGAAGAUGACAGCUCAGCGUGAAGACAGACACAUUCAGCUGCUCUGGGAGCACAGACUUUACAACCUUGUAUUAAAUUCCAUGUUGGUCAGGACCUUUCAGACGUCGCUGACAGAGCACCCACCUCACACCAACUAAAGCAAAAAAGAAAAUGGGUUGCUUCUUUCACCUGAAAACACGUGAACGCGGAGACUGGCUUCAGGUGAGGCUUGAAUCAGGACUCAAUCUGCACACAGCAUCUGUCUCGGUCAGAGUCCUCAGGGUUGGCAGCUGACUGUAGUCAACAGCCCCUGCCUUUGCUCUAACACGCUCUGCUCCUCUGACCCAAAGUGAUGAGGAGAGAGGCGGCCUCAGGGACUGAAGGUGUUCACAGGGCUUGUUGCUCUCUCCAGCCAGGCAGUGUCUGGCUAUGCCUUCUGGAGGGGGUGGCUCUGUAUGGAAGCCUUGAUACUUUAAAAAUUAAGGUUGUGAACACUCCUAUGUACUGAACUUUUUUUUUGUAAAUUUCAAGAGGAAUUUUUAAUUCUUGGAAGGAAUUAAAUGUUAGUUCCUGGAAGGAGGGAGAUUGAAAGUCCUGUGGUUAAUGACUUCAUUUAUAGAUGAAGAAACUGAAGCCCAAGGAGACAGAGUGAUUUGCUACAACGUCCAGCCAGCUAUUGUUUACAGGAUUUUAUUUCCCACUUAACUGAACUGGAAUGUCAUGGGUCAUAACAGGACUUUAUGAACAUUUCUUGGAUAUGUAGGUGCUCAUGAAAGAUGUCAGAGAAUGAAGAAAAAAUAACUCAGUGAUGCUUGAUUUUAUAAGUAUUUUUAUGAAAGUCAAAUUAAUGUCUGGCAAAUUUGCAAUGAGAAAUAUUCAUAAGAACCUUGUUAUAAUGUAGCUAGUAAUUACAUGGGUUUGAAUGUAGGUUGACCAAGGAAACAAAUCUCAUAUAUAUGUCAGGAUGAUCUUCCAAAAUCAUUGUUCAUACAAGUCAAAGCUAACAGCUGGUGGGUACAGUCUUUGUCCAAUUGGAUAUACACGGCUUUUGGCCCUUUAACUGUCCCUUGCUAGUUGAAGCAUGAUUUGGUACAAAGGAAAGAGCAAAGGGUCUGGAGAGAGAAGCCUUGGGUUUCUGUUGUAUGCUGUGAUUCCCUUGCUCUGAGACACUAAAUCAAGCUAGUUUUUUGAGCCUUAUCUAUAUAGCAGAGAAGUAUUAUCUGUUGGGAGGAUUAAGGUUUAAAUCUAAUUGUGGCAUGGUGCAUAUAAGGCCCAUGGUAGCAGUAUUCUGGUCGUAACCUUAAUGGAAGUAGCAGGGUUUGAGUUCCUUUGCAUCUAAUUCCUGCUGACUUUUAUCUUCAAAUCAACAGUAGCAACACCUGCUGAUAUUCUCUGACUGAGGAACAACGAGGCCAGCUCUUGGCUCUGAGUCCAGCUGGGCAACACAGGUGAUGAAUUCUCCCGCAUCAGAAAUAUGUGGGGCUUGAUGUUGAAGUCCUGGGCCUGUGGCCUAUUUUAUAUUUCUGUUUCACUGGAACUUAGUGCAUGUGCAGGGUUAAACUCUAGAAUCAGGAAACUUUCCAUGAACUUUCUUUACAGAGGCCUCCAGCAAGCACGUGAGGAAUCACUAGACAUUUAUGCCUGUGAGUCAUGGGUCUAUACAGACAACAGGAGUGCAAUCGUUCUUGGCUCAUUUUUCCUAAAUGGAGCAUAUACACACUUGUCUGUAUUUGUGUGUGUGUGUGUGUGUGUGUGUGUGUGUGUGAAUUUAGAGUCCAGAGACAAAAGGAAGUGAUUGAUCACAACCAUUUGGCAGUGCCUACAGCCGUUGUCUUUCCAGACAUUUAUGAUAAAAAUGGCAGAUGGAAUAAGGUUUCUGUAUAUUUUGCCUACUUUUGCUCAACCUACAAGAGCUGUAGUUAAUUUUUUCUUUUCUUUUCUCUUUUAUCGCUCAAAAGUUUGGCUUCUACCAAACAAAAUGAAAGACAUGAAAACUUUUGAUAGAGUAUUAUGCAAAUGUUAGUUAUUUAAUAAUGAUACUACCGAUGUUUAGCAUUAUUAGGACUAUUAGUCACUACAGCAUCCUACUGGCAUCUGCUUCAGGGACUCACCAUGGUGGUGGGCAGGUUUGAUAUCGUGGCAUUUCCCUUAGCAAUAUAAUUAUUCCCCCAAUACUCAGGUAAUUUAAACAUAUACGCAACUAGUACAUUGUGGUUACUGACCAAUCAGACCAGACACUGAUCAGUUUAACACAACAGUGAAUGAGGCUGAAUAGCAGCCAAAGAUCAGUGAUCAAGUCUCUGCUGAGGUGAACCAAAUUAGACAUUUACCUCAUUUUAUAGACGACUUGUGUGCCAUAUCUGAUUAACAGAAUUUUCCAGGUCGGAUACUUUCUGAGUGACCUAGUCAAGUUCUCAACCUGAAAUUCUUGGGCCCUUAGGUUUUUGUGGAUUUAUCUUCAGGGUCUGAGAGUCCUCCACCUUCAUUUUUAAAUGUUGUCAUUCCUUUUGGGGGUAAUCUUUAAAAAUUAAUACAAGUGCCCUUCAUUUUUAAAUGUUGUCAUUUUUUAAAUGUUGUCAUUCCUUUUGGGGGUAAUCUUUAAAAAUUAAUACAAGUGCCCUUCAUUUUUAAAUGUUGUCAUUUUUUAAAUGUUGUCAUUCCUUUUGGGGGUAAUCUUUAAAAAUUAAUACAAGUGCCCUUCAUUUUUAAAUGUUGUCAUUCCUUUUGGGGGUAAUCUUUACAAAUUAAUACAAGUGCCCUUCAUUUUUAAAUGUUGUCAUUUUUAAAUGUUGUCAUUCCUUUUGGGGGUAAUCUUUACAAAUUAAUACAAGUGCCCUUCAUUUUUAAAUGUUGUCAUUUUUAAAUGUUGUCAUUCCUUUUGGGGAUAAUCUUUAAAAAUUAAUACAAGUGCCCUUCUCUUCCGUAUGACCACCUCGUAUUUGAGUACCACCACAUAACUUCUGUGCUCACAUCCGGGUGCCCACAGAAAGUGAUGAACUUUACAUUGCACUUUUAAAUGUAGCAUAGAUUAGGGUCCGUGGCUGGGGAUUCUCAGGUUUAUUGUCAAGUGUCAGUGAUUAAUCUGUUUGAAACCUGCUCCAAUCCAUCCUCUCAACCCUACAGACUCUACUUCACCAUCCCUCCCCUUAACUCUUCCAGCAGAGGGAACUCACACCACACACAGAGUCAUGGAUUUGAGAGACCCUGUGGUCCAGCUUUCAGAGUGUUAAACUUACCAAAGUCUCACAGCUGUUAGUGGAGGAUUUGCAAUCCUGUGUAUCUCUUGCUUUGCAAUCCUGCCAUCUGGUUUCACCUGCAGACAGCUUUAAUUAUCUUUUUCUCUGUUGGACUUGAACCUACCCCCUUAGAACGUACUUAGAACCAUGGGUUCUCAUUCUAAACUCUGGAGACAUACCAAGCAAGGGUAACUAUGGUCUGGUGAGGUAUAUAUUGUAUGUGACAAGUUUUUUUUUAACUUUUUUCUGGUAGGGUAUGAGUCUUGUCAAAAGUCUGCAGUUUGCUCUUAAAGAUGUGGUAAGAAUAUAGUGACAUAUUUGUAUCUUUAAACAGAAACUAAAUUUCUGAAAGUAGACCCCUUUUAAAAAAGCAAUAAGGGAAUUUCCUGUUUAAAGAAAGACCCAUUUGGCAAUACAGACAUUGUAUUUGACAUAACUUUUGCAUGUAUGAAAAUUUAAAAGAGGGUUUUUCUAUUAAAAUUUUUAGAUUAUAUUAAAUUUUACUGUUUAAAUUUAUUUUUGAAUAGGUGCUAUCUUUACAUUGUUCAAAGAUAAGAAAAUAUGAAAGGGUGUUCAAGAAAAGUCUUGCCCCCAUUUCUGUGCAUUGCCUGCCCGGUCCUCUGUCCUCCUCAUCCCAUAGAUAAUUUCAGGGUUUCGUAGUGCAAAUGCAAAUACAACAAAGAAAAAUAUAUGUGCAUUUUAAAAUAAGAAUUUCUUGAAACAAAGUAUAUAUUAUACACUGUGAAACUCACAUCUCUCAUUUGGUCUUAUUUAAAAUGAUGCUGUAAGAUGCCUGGAAAUACUGGUACAAUUCUAGAAUGGGAAUAACUUUAUGAGCUUUGUGGACUGAGUACUUGUAAAUAGUAGUAAUUGCCUUACCAAUAAAUAAAGACAUUUUUUUCCUUUUUA